AUGGCGGCUACGGAAGAGGAGGCGGCGGUGGUGGUGGUGGAGUCGGUGGGUUGGGAGCCGGAAGCGGCGGCAAAGAAGGGAGCUACGGUAGAAACGGCCAGGAUGGAGAGGAUGUGUUUUUGUUUGGAGCUGCGGGUGGAGGGGGAGGCGGGGGACGAGGCGGAAGAGGAGGACGCGGGGGCAUUUUCGGCGCUAACCGCGAGAAUGGGAAGAAUGGACACUGACCCAUGGACUUUGACCGCACUGACAUCCCACAGCCACGACCAGGAACUGACAGACGUAAGGGCUCACCCUAGUCAAGACCUUGUUGUGACCUCAUCCAAGGAUACAACCAUCCGACUUUGGGACUUCAGGGACCCUAACAUGCCUGUCACGGUGUUCCAGGGCCAUAAUCAACCAGUUACAACGGCAGCCUUUGCUGGUAAUGAGAAGGUGGUUUCAGGCAGCGAUGAUCGUACAGUGAAAGUCUUGGAUCUGAAGAACAUGCGGUCACCCAUAGCCACCAUCCGUACUGACUCAUCUGUGAACAGAUUGUGUUUUUCACAGUCACAGAACAUGAUAGCCAUCCCACACGAUAACAGACACAUACGGCUUUUUGACAUCAAUGGAAACAGAAUUGGAAGACUACCGCGUAGCAGCAGAACUGGCCACUCAAAAAUGGUGUGCAGUGUAGCCUGGGCCGAGGACAAUCCGGUGUGUAACCUUUUCUCGUGCGGCUUCGACAGACAGGUCCUAGGUUGGAGCAUCAAUGUCCAGAUCAAGGAAUGAAAAGAGUCAGUCAUGGAUCGUUCUGAAGAAACAUGAGCCUCGUUCAUGGACAACUGGGCUCAAUGCAUGCGACAGCACUCUCCGCCUAAACUGGAUUUUUGCUAAAGAGAUGCUUUCUUCAAACGAAAAAAUACAAACAAGUGGAAAGUGUUGUCUCUGAUAAGCCUGUGCAGAUUUCUCAGGCUUAUCUGUAGAGCUGUAACGAUUCGGUUCGAUGCAUCGAAAAACCGAUUAAAUGCCGCCGAUUCAAUUUCGAUACCAAUACGGCCAAUUUCGAUUCGAUUCACUGCAAUCCUGAUUGAUCCGCAUUUUAAACCUUACUUUCCAAAUCCGUCGUCUAAACGUUCUUGUCAUUUGUAAUACGCCUGUGAUUGGUCAUUAGCCAAUAUGUCAUCCAAUACAUGAAUGAAUAACAUGCUGAGCAUUACAUCAACCGGUAAAAUGGCUUCUUCAACCACGCCG